AUGCCCACCAUCGUCAUUGAUGGCUUGACCAUUCGUCUUGCCUCCGAAUUGCAGAACACGUUCAACCCCCGUCACGCCUUUGGACGCGUGGAACGGGGCGGCUCGCUGGCACUGCGAGAGGCGCCCAGCGGACAUCUGCUGCUGCCGUUUGACGCGGAGGGAAAUGUUCUUGUCACGCCGGGCCUUCGCUAUCAACUUGUUCUUGUGACGGAGCGAAAGUCUGCUGCGGAGCUCACCGACAAAUCGCUCCUGCAGGAGCGGCAGCAGCAGCGACAUGACCCAAAGCAGCCGCACAAGGACGUGCAAGCGGCGGCGGUAACAGCAAUGGAGCCAACCGCAGUGAAGCCAACUGCAGCAGCUAAUGGCAACCACGCGGAGGGCAAGGAAAAGGCGGAGGAGGCGGUGAAAGAGCCAAAUAUAGGCCAGGAACAGAAACGGCGGGGGCGGAAAAACCGGCACAAGACUCCAGCCUCUACGGAGGAACUGAGUGACGCACCGCAGCAAAAGAGGGAGAGGAAGGAAACUCCGCGCAAUGACCCCAGUGAGACAGACGAUGGUGUCCCGCUUUACCUCACAGUUGGAAGCAAACAGCCCUCUGGCGCGGGCGCCACCGACGCCCCCUCUGCCUUGGCUGCGCGUUCUGGCUCGCCGGCGUCGUCCCACGCGGUAGUUGACAAGUCGCCUAAGAAUCGUGCAGCCACGCUGGGGGGGCCCAGCACCUCUGAUUCCGAUGAUGAUGAGAACGUCCCGCUUUCGAAGUCCUACGCAAAACAGCAAAAAAGGCAUGAGCAGCGGGCCGUUGCACCCACGGUAGCCGCUGUGUCUGCCACCAGCGCCGAGAAGCCGCCAAUCCGCCGGCAAGCCAAGCCGCCCCGUCGGGCUCCCGUGGCAACGCCCAGCACGAGUGAAUCUGAUUGA